UGAAAACCUAAACGUCGGUCUAAUUGGGACAAAACCAGCGACUCCCCACCAAAAAAUAAUUAAUCAUUGGAGAAAAUAAUAAUUCUGUGACCACAAAGAUGAUAAGCAAAGCCGUUACGAUGAUGACACGUGGCUCAUUAUAUAUAAAUUUUAUAAAUACCGCAUUUUCUCUCAUCUCUCUGCUUUCACCUUUCUCAUCGCUGCUCGUGUUAUUUUUGUCUUCCAGAGAAAACGGAACCAUGGAUAGCGAUACACUCACCGGAUUAUUGAAGUACGUCGCCACCAAAUUCCCCGAUCGUCGAGCGCUCUCGGUUUCUGGAAAACUCGAUCUCACUCACGCGCGUCUUCACGAUCUAAUUGAACGCGCCGCUUCACGCCUUGUCUCCGCCGCCGGAAUCAAGCCCGGUGAUGUGGUGGCUCUCACCUUUCCUAACACCGUCGAGUUUGUUAUCAUGUUUUUGGCGGUGAUAAGAGCUCGGGCCACGGCGGCACCGUUGAACGCGGCGUACACGGCGGAGGAAUUCGAGUUUUACCUCUCCGAUUCAGAUUCAAAGCUGUUGUUAACCUCUAAAGAAGGAAACGGACCGGCUCAAGAAGCAGCUUCAAAGCUGAACAUUUCUCACGUCACCGCCACGCUCCUAGACGACGUCUCGGACCUUUCUCUUUCCGUGGCCGAUUCCGACACGGUCGCUGACUCAGCGGCGGAGCUCGUUAACAGCCCCGACGACUCAGCUCUCUUCCUCCACACUUCCGGCACCACGAGCCGUCCAAAGGGUGUACCCCUUACGCAGCUGAAUCUGGUAUCUUCGGUCAAAAACAUUAAAUCGGUCUACAAACUUACCGAAUCCGAUUCGACAGUGAUUGUUCUACCUCUCUUCCACGUUCAUGGACUGUUAGCCGGAUUGCUCAGCUCGCUCGGAGCUGGCGCGGCGGUGACUCUCCCAGCUGCUGGUAGAUUCUCAGCGACAACGUUUUGGCCAGACAUGAAGAAGUAUAACGCCACAUGGUAUACUGCUGUUCCCACCAUUCACCAGAUCAUAUUGGACCGCCACGCGAGCCACCCUGAGCCGGAAUAUCCUAAACUCCGGUUUAUCAGGAGCUGCAGUGCUUCUUUGGCUCCGGUCAUAUUGUCCAGGCUUGAGGAAGCUUUUGGAGCACCGGUUCUGGAGGCUUACGCGAUGACAGAGGCAACGCAUCUGAUGAGCUCCAACCCUUUGCCGGAGGAAGGUCCUCAUAAGCCUGGGUCUGUUGGGAAACCGGUAGGUCAAGAGAUGGCGAUCCUCAGUGAGAAAGGUGAGAUACAAGAGCCAAAUAGCAAGGGAGAGGUUUGUAUAAGAGGUCCAAAUGUGACUAAGGGUUACAAGAACAACCCAGAGGCCAACAAGGCAGGGUUCGAGUUUGGGUGGUUCCACACGGGUGAUAUCGGUUACUUUGAUUCCGAUGGGUAUUUGCAUCUGGUGGGUCGGAUCAAAGAACUUAUUAACCGUGGAGGUGAGAAGAUAUCCCCAAUUGAAGUGGAUGCAGUACUCUUAACUCAUCCCGAUGUUUCUCAGGGCGUUGCGUUUGGGGUUCCUGAUGAGAAAUAUGGCGAAGAGAUUAACUGUGCGGUGAUUCCAAGAGAUGGAACAACUGUGACCGAAGAGGACAUUAAAGCGUUCUGUAAGAAGAAUUUGGCAGCUUUCAAGGUGCCAAAGAGAGUGUUCAUCACUGAUAACCUCCCCAAAACUGCCUCCGGUAAGAUUCAGCGCCGUAUCGUCGCGCAGCACUUCCUGGAGAAAGUCUAAACAAAACCCAAAAGACACACCAUCUUGCUGAAAAUCAUUGGUGAUGAUGAGUCUUAGUUUCCACGCAAGUGGUUUUCUUUUCUCUUUUGGUUCUUAGUUUCUGGCUUCUUAUGUUCCUUUUAUAUGUUUCAUGGUUACAAGUGAACAUGGUGGUAAAGGUAUAGCGCAACUACAAAAUUGGCAAUAAAGUUGAUAAAAAGGUUCAUUGAAGUAUAAUAAAGGAGUUAGUUUCUUCCAUUUCUUCUGUUUGGCUUGGUCUUGUCGUUGCGUCAUUUGUUUAAGAAUCUAAAAAUGCUCUUGAACUAGUGCGUCGUGGCCAAUUUGAUAACGAAAAGCGUAC